CGCAAAUUCGCCCGCCACCAUCCUCCCCCCCCGAUCUAGUACUUGCCUACUUUCCUCUCUUACAUUCACUCCCAUCCCAAUCUUUAUACUAUCAAUCUUCUUCCCUUCUGCUCUUGUUUCUAAACUCAACGUUACAUUCCUCCGACCACUUGUCAUUCUUCCACCUACAUACCCUGUCGCUUUUCUUUGUCUAGUCCGUUCGGAGUCCAUACUGUCGGUAUAUCUGAGCGCUGGUCCUUGUUUACUUCCGCCUUUGAAUUCCUCCUUGGCUGCUUCUACACGAUAUAACCUCUCUUGCCUCGUCGGUGCUAUCAUCUGUCCCUCCGAGCCACAAUGUCGACCUUCUUCUACAGUCAUCAGCAACAGCAACAGCACCAGCACCAGCACCACCCUCACCAUGGCGCUGCCGCUCACAUGACGACCUCGAACAACCACCAUGGGGGCCGUUCCCGUCGAGGACCUAAGAUGGCUGCUCAGAAUGCUCAGCGCCAGUUUCGAGGAGUGAAGAGUAUGAGGGAGCUCGCAGAGGCCCCAGCCGUGACCGCUUUCCGUGCCCGCUUCGAAGCUGGGCGGUCUUUCGAUCUGGAUGACGACCUGGAGUUCUGCCCCGGUCUCCUGACAGAGGACGAUCUGCAUUCCAUUCACUCGACCUCUUCGGAUCGCUCAUCUCUCUCCAGCGGAUCUCCUGAUACGUCUCCUCUGCAGCAUCAGAUCCAGCCUGUCCAGCAGGUCACGCCCUCUAUCUCGCUAUCUCCUGCUUCGAGCAACUCCUAUGUUCAUUCAGGGGUUAACGGUAAUCUUAAUCACGUGAACUUCCAGCAACCGUCCGCAGUUCGCACCCGCAAGGUGAUCCCGAUUGUCAACCCCAACACCGGCAUGACCUUGACGAGCCCGCCUACUUCGAUCUCCCCUGCCUCGAUGCAGAAUGCCCAGCGUCGGUGGUGA